AAACCUGGAGUCCAAACUCCGAGCCACCCCUCCUCCUCCUCCUCCUCGUUUUGGCUCCCACUGCAUGCCCAGCCGAUCCCUCUAUUUAAAGAAAGGCCUCCUCGCCUUCUCUCUGACUCCUCAUCCCAGAACCAGCCCAGUGCGUGCUGAGCUGAGCUGCUGCACACCUUCGCCUGCCUGCCGCCUCCUUGCUACUUCCUCCUCAGGCUUCGUCCCGCCUGCCCCUCUUCAGCCGGCCGACCGAACGUACCUCGCCGCCGGCCGUCCCUGCGUCGCCUUAGCAAGGCCAUAUAAGCCCCGCCGGAGAGCUGAAGGAGGCCUCCAAGGCAUUCGGAGGUGUGCACCUUGAACAUCAGCAGCAGGUGACCGACCAGAAAUGUCGCUCCAGGUCGAGGACCCGCGGAGCGCGGAGACGCCGGCGCCGCUCAAGCGCCACGACUCGCUGUUCGGCGAUGCGGAGAAGGUCUCCGACUCGAAGCACCAUGGGUCUCAGGUGAGCUGGAUGCGGACGCUGAGCCUGGCUUUCCAGAGCGUCGGCAUCAUCUACGGCGACAUCGGGACGUCGCCGCUCUAUGUCUACUCCAGCACCUUCCCUGACGGCAUCAAGGACAGGGACGAUCUCCUGGGCGUCCUCUCGCUCAUCCUCUACACCCUCAUCAUCAUACCCAUGCUCAAGUACGUCUUCAUCGUGCUCUACGCCAACGACAACGGAGAUGGUGGCACGUUUGCGCUUUACUCGCUGAUAUCACGGUACGCAAAGAUCAGGCUGAUCCCGGACCAGCAGGUGGAGGACGCGGCGGUGUCCAAUUACCACAUAGAAGCGCCAAGCUCGCAGCUCAAGAGGGCACAAUGGUUGAAGCAGAAGCUUGAGUCCAGCAAGGCGGCCAAGAUUGUCCUCUUCACCCUCACCAUCCUCGGCACGUCAAUGGUGAUAGGGGAUGGAACCUUGACCCCAGCAAUCUCUGUGCUCUCUGCGGUGAGUGGGAUCAGAGAAAAGGCGCCAAGCUUGACUCAGACACAAGUGGUCCUCAUCUCGGUGGCGAUUCUGUUCAUGCUCUUCUCGGUCCAGCGCUUCGGGACCGACAAGGUCGGGUACACCUUUGCGCCGGUCAUCUCAGUGUGGUUCCUUCUGAUUGCUGGCAUCGGGAUGUACAACCUCGUUGUUCACGACGUCGGUGUUCUACGGGCCUUCAAUCCCAUGUAUAUAGUGCAAUACUUCAUAAGGAACGGCAAGAGUGGAUGGGUGUCACUUGGUGGAAUUAUCUUGUGUGUCACAGGCACAGAAGGCAUGUUUGCCGACCUAGGCCAUUUCAACAUCAGGGCUGUUCAGCUCAGCUUCAACGGCAUCCUGUUCCCAUCGGUGGCACUGUGUUAUAUCGGGCAGGCGGCUUACCUGAGGAAAUUCCCAGACAACGUUGCAAACACCUUCUAUAGAUCCAUCCCAGCACCAAUGUUCUGGCCAACCUUCAUCGUUGCCAUUCUUGCUGCCAUCAUCGCAAGCCAAGCCAUGCUCUCCGGUGCGUUUGCCAUCCUCUCCAAGGCCCUGUCUCUCGGUUGCAUGCCAAGGGUUCGAGUCAUCCACACCUCGCACAAGUACGAGGGACAGGUGUACAUUCCUGAAGUGAACUUCCUCAUGGGAUUGGCGAGCAUCGUGGUCACGGUCGCCUUCCGGACGACCACCAGCAUCGGCCACGCUUACGGGAUCUGUGUGGUGACCACGUUUGCGAUCACCACCCAUCUGAUGACCGUCGUCAUGCUGCUCAUAUGGAAGAAGCACGUCAUCUUCAUCAUGCUGUUCUACGUCGUGUUCGGCUCCAUAGAGCUGAUCUACCUCUCGUCCAUACUGUCGAAGUUCAUCGAGGGCGGAUACCUUCCCAUCUGCUUCGCGCUGGUGGUGAUGAGCCUGAUGGCGGCGUGGCACUACGUCCAGGUGAAGAGGUACUGGUACGAGCUGGACCACAUCGUGCCCACCAGCGAGAUGACGAUGCUGCUGGAGAAGAACGAGGUGCGGCGGAUCCCCGGGGUGGGCCUCCUGUACACGGAGCUGGUCCAGGGCAUCCCCCCGGUGUUCCCCCGGCUGAUCCAGAAGAUACCGUCCGUGCACUCCAUCUUCAUGUUCAUGUCCAUCAAGCACCUGCCCAUCUCGCGCGUGGUGCCCACGGAGCGGUUCAUCUUCCGGCAGGUCGGGCCGAGGGAGCACCGGAUGUUCCGCUGCGUGGCGCGGUACGGCUACAGCGACACGCUGGAGGAGCCCAAGGAGUUCGCGGCGUUCCUCGUUGACAGGCUCAAGAUGUUCAUCCAGGAGGAGAGCGCGUUCGCGCUCGCGCAGGACGAAGAGGAGAGCGGCGGCGCCGCCGGCGAGGUUUCGGACGCCCUGGCGAGGCCGAGGCGGUCCACGGUGCACAGCGAGGAGGCGGUCCAAGGCCAGGCGCGGGUGAGCAGCCACUCGGCCUCGGGGAGGAUGAGCUUCCACACGAACCAGGCGGUGGAGGAGGAGAAGCAACUGAUUGACAGGGAGGUGGAGCGAGGGAUGGUGUAUCUGAUGGGGGAGGCCAACGUCACGGCGGAGGCCAAGUCCUCCAUCUUGAAGAAGGUCGUGGUGAACCAUGUCUACACCUUCUUGAGGAAGAACUUGACAGAGGGGCACAAGGUGCUGGCCAUUCCCAAAGAUCAGCUGCUCAAAGUCGGGAUCACAUACGAGAUAUAGUGAUCGAUCGAUCGAUCGAGUUCACCACGAGUAUGUGACGUGAUGAUUCUGGUGCAGCAUGGCGUUGGUUUGGAAGGGCAAAGUGCCGACAGCUGUGGAUUCAAUAAGGAAGCAUGCAGGUGCAGGCAGAUGGGGGAGGGAGGGAUUUUCUUUCUUUUGGUUGCAACAAGGUUUUCAUUUUCACUUUCUCUCUAUGUACAUCUAAAUGUGUUAAAAUGUAAGGGUGAUAUUGCAACUGAAGUUUGAAUGUGUUGAAUGUAUCCUCCCAGGCAUAAGCAAGGUUCAUGUCUUUUUUCCCCACUA